AAAAAACACCUCCUGAUCCGUAAAGGGGACGCCCUACCACCGGCGACCAGGGGUGUCGUGCGUGACAUCGAUGUCGGGAACGCGAAACCGAUCGCGUUACGAUCCCGGAAAGUACCCACGCGAUUUCGGGAAAAAGUCGUAGGCCUGAUCAAGGGCCUCCUAGCAGCCGAGAUCAUCCGACCCUCGACAUCGCCAUGGGUCUCACCGAUCGUGAUUGUUCGCACGAGUAACGGGGUGGAUAUCAGGUUGUGCAUCGAUUACAAGCUGGUAAACAACCUCACAAGGUUGAUGGUCUAUCCUGUGCCUCUGAUCAGUGAUCUGCUAGAGGACCUCGAUAAGGUGUUAUGGUAUUGCUCACUGGAUAUGGCCAGUGGCUUCUGGGUUGUGCCCAUGACGGAUCGGGCUCGCGAGAUCUCAGCAUUUAUCACCCUGUUUGGACUAUUCGAAUGGAGUCGUAUGCCUUUCGGCCUUAAAAAUGCCCCGCAGAUUUAUCAACACCUCGUAGACAACGCGUUGUAUGGAUUCCUGAAGAUCCCGCGAUCAGGCGAUGCCGGGACUACAACGGACGUGUUCCAGACAGGGAUCGCGGAUGAUCCUGAUCGCGAGUCGGUGUUGGGACGAAGAUCAUAUAUUGACGACAUCAUGAUCGCAGCAGAAUCUGUGACCAAGGGUUUCUGGGGCAUGGAUAAGGCAGGAUAUCUGAGCCAUCGAGUGUCGAUCGGAGGACUAGAGGCAAACCCAAAAGACCUGAAAUCCCUGACCCAUCUGUCAUUCCCCGGAUCACUUCGAUCUAUGCAGUCAUUCCUGGGUAGUCUCAACUAUUAUAGCCGAAUUAUUGAAGACUACGCUAUUGACGCCUCGGUGCUAUACAAACUACGCGAGGUGGAGUUUGCAGAACUGGCGAAACGAUCGGAUUUGAGGGAGAUCAUGGCCCAGAACGAUCCGAUCGAGCGAGAUAAUGCCACAUCGGAGCAUCACGUGGCAGGAUCAUAA